AUGUUGACUAGUAUUCAACAAUGGAUUGUGACGAAUCAACAACUUCUUACGUCGACUACACAUACGCAUAUUCGUUCCGAGCAAUCAAUAUCCGAGACGGAAAACCCGACGAUGUCAAUCGACGAAGAGGAUUCAAUGAUCGAUUCCGCCACCAAUACUUUAGAGGUCUCGAACAAUGUUAUGCAAACAUUGCGUGAUACGGUCACAAUUAUGGAAAUGAUUUUUUCCUUACUAGAAAAACAUUCGAGAUCACUUAAUUUACUAUCUAUUAAUGACAAUGUAUGUUUUUCGGUUCUUCUAAUAUUGACGAAACGAAUAAAUUAUGAUUUGCUGGCACGACUUACAAUUUUGAAAAUUGAUGUUGCUUAUGCGGUAUUUGAGACAUUUGCCUGGUUAACGCAGUGUAAAUUUGAAAAUUUGCAAGAAAUCUAUUUAAGCAUCGAAAGAAUCGACAACAUGGCAUACACAUCAGAACGAAACCAAUCACGUGAUCUCAGAAAAAUCACCGAAUUCCUAAAACUCCAUAACAAUAUAACCACAUUCAGCAUGCACACAGGUCCAGGCUAUUUCUCGGGAAUUGACCGAAUAAGCGUGAUAAUCUCUCAUAAUGCAAAAACCUUAAAAAAUGUUCGAUUUCGCGGGUGUAGAUUUUACAAAAGUUAUAUUUUUGAUGCUUUGGCGCAUUGUACGAGACUUGUAAAGCUUUCAUUUAAGGGCUGUUCUAUGACGGAUUCAAAACAAGUUGAGAAACUUGUUGAUGCUCAAUUUGAGCAUUUGAAAGAAGUUUAUGUUUCUGGUGAGGAUGCUUGUGAGGCGUUGUUUGAAUGGAGUGAGAGAAUUUGA